CGGAGGCGCGCUGCCGGCUGCUGUCAGCUUUAGUCUGCACUGAGCAGCGUCUGCACACACACCGCCAGCCGCCGCGCCGCCAGAACCUGCGGGCAGAUACCGGCAGCUUAUUGGUCGUGGCACAUAAAUCAGCCAUGUCGAGAGGAGAUGGAGCGAAACAGGUGACGCCACCGUCUUGGCUGGACAAGGCCUUUGUCGCCGACGCCCUGAAAGCUUCUGACCCAGCAACCGAUGAAUCCAGCGUACAGAUCGUCUCUGUGGCGGAGGUGUGUGGCGGCUACCUGAGCGAAACCUUCAGGGUUGUCGCGCGGAACACUGUGACUGGGGCGACCCAGAGACAUAAGACCACGUCGCUGAUUGUGAAGAUCGCGCCGAACUCCGACGGUCUCCUCAAGGAGGUAAUCGAAAGUGGAGUGUUCACCAAGGAGAAGAUCGCCUACAGCAGCUUCCUCCCGGCCGUGGAGGCUGCUCUCAGAGCGGUUGACCUUGACGAGUGGCAGCCUGUGUGGCCCAAGUUCUAUUAUCAGGGCUCGACGCCGAGCGACUUUCUGGUGAUUGAAGACCUGGACGCUUCCGGGUUCCGUAAGGUGGACGAGGCCGUCUCUCUGGACCUGGAGCAGUGUACGGUCGCAGUGCGAGGUCUAGCCCGCCUGCACGCCGCCUCCGUCGCCUUGCUGGACGACGAGCAGUAUGCAGACGGUCUAUUCCACCAGUCGCUCAUCUUCAACGAAAAGAUGCUCGAGAGGUACGAGUCCUCAAUGGCGGACGGAUUUGGUAAAAUGAUAAAGAUCUUCGAAGACUACGCUUGGUUUCACAAGUACAAGGGCAAGCUGAGCGAUUUCGGGCUUCCUCUGCUGCGCACGACAGUGGAUGUGGUGACAAAGUCGAAAGUAGAUUUCAGAGUUAUGCUACACGGCGACUUCCACAGGAACAACAUAAUGUUUCGCAGGGACGGUGAAAGUCUACAGGUUCGCGUCUUCGAUUUUCAGGGUAUGUACGUGGGGUGUCCGGCGGUGGAGCUGCAGUACUUCCUGCACACGAGCGCCAGCCUGGAAGUGCUGCGCGACCACGUGGACCAGCUGCUGGCAGAGUACCACGUGGAGCUGCAGCGCGCGCUGCGGGCCCUGGGGCGCCUCCAGCAGGCGGACGCCUACCCGCUGGACAGCCUGCGCCGCGACUUUGACCGCUUCGGCAUGGUCGGCGUCUACGUCACCUUCCACAUCUUGCCGCUCAUCCUAGACACCCACAUGGCGGGGCAGAUGGCCGACAUGACACUGGAAACUUUCCAAGAGCAGGCGGACGAGUUUUGUCAGAAGCACUGCAGAAAUGAAAGGUUCCUGCGUUACGUCGAGUACCUGAUCCCUCAUUUUGACUCCAAAGGGUUGUUUGAAGUAAAGGUAGAAUAAAUCAUAUGCAGUUCAACGCUCUUGACGUAAACAUUUUAUGUAAAACGAAGAAGGGGUGGGAUAUGACAGUUUAAUGUCCGGCCGACGACGUAGUCACGAGCUCGAAUUGGGCAGCUGACGAAAUAUAUGAAUAUGGAUGGGAGGACAUGUGGUUGAACCGGCGUCGUCGUCUCGAAUGCGAGUCAAGUGCGCUUAUAACUGUGCCAUGUCUGUCGGUAUGUAGGAGGAGGCAGAACUUGGUUCUAGCCGGUCUUGGGAUUGACAAUCAGUGUCUGUGUCAGCACUAAAACACUCACGCCGAUGCUCUUCCUCCAACUGAGGAAAGAGGCUCAGUGAGAUCGCAGUAGUAUAGAUUUGAUUAGAAUUCCCUUCCGGCCAUCUAGAUGGAAACUUUCCACGCUUUUCCAGCAUCACAUAAAGGCAAAUUCCGGUACUGUUCCUUAAAGGACACGGGCGAUUUCCUUGCCCCUGAGGUUCCGUAUCUAAUGACGGGAUGUUACAAGCUAACAUUCCUUUCUUUUCCUCCAGUCACAGCCUGUACUCUAUCUCUGAUGAUCUCGCCGUCGAUGCAACGUUAAAGCACAAUCUUCCUGCCUUCUUUCUUGCUAUUCUCACGAUACACAGUUGUUCGUAGCCCAUCUGAAUGUGGUUCUUGUCUAAGGAGCAGACCAUGACUUGUCGGUUAUAUUUCGACAUAUAUUUUAAAAUAUCGUUUAACCACACCUUCUCUAAAAUCGGUCAGCCUGUAGUUGACCUAUUACCAUUAACACAUGUAGGUCAGACUGACCUCUCGUGACAUUUUGAUGUGUCUUUAUAUACGCCGUCGCACCGUGGAGUAAUUCACUGUCACAAUUUUAGUUCUGAUUAUUGCAAUUUGGGUUCCAUAAGUAAACAUCUUCGUAGCGCAUGACGUUGUUUACUUUAACGUCAAUAGUAACAAUUGCACUAACGGAUGCAGUCCCGCGUCCCAUCUCCUCUGCAUCUGAGCGUCGCUUUCUUGGGAGGAACAAACUUCGAUUACAGCAGAACGCCAAAGACGCACGACUUUGAGGUUGGCAGAGAUUAUAGCUAAGCUGUUGUUUCGACGUGAGAACUUUUAAUGGGCAGCUGCAUGAAGAAUAUUAAGUCACUGACAUAGGCGUUACGAAUUCAUUAAAAUCUCCCAGUUUCUAUUAUUCGUGCGACUGUGAGAACAACAACAGGGAAUGUGGGUGAAGGGAAAGAAAGCGUAAUAAGAAUAAUUUGCUACUUAAGAACAUGUCGGAAACCAAUCAAUGCUUAUUCACAAUUUAAAGUUGAAGAAAACCAGUUAGAUGUUCUUAUGUAGUCAUAUCCUUGCAACCAAACAGCAGUGGACAGAAGUAAUAUCCAAGGGCAUAUAAGGAAAACCAUGUUUAUGGUGUAGUUUGUUCUGUCACUCGUACCUGUCUCACUGGGUACAUGAAAGUUUGCCUGUCGUUAUGUCUUUGCCACGGAUCGACACACACGCCAGCUCUCUCAUUUCACAUAUACCUACCGCAAUAAGGCUGUGGUUAAAAUACUGGUUCGCGUUCGGAUGCACGUCUCCCUUCGGCCACUCGGAUUUAUGUUUCCCCUUGAUUUAUCUACACGACUGAGGCGAAUGUCAGGAUGAUUUCCUCAGUAUGCUGUCGGAUAACAGUGAUACCCAAACUACGUUCCCUCCACUUCGUUGCAUUUAUACUGGCUAAAACAAAUACAUAUCCCACUGAUAUAAGGUAAAAUAAGACACACUGUACGUAUUUUAUAUUUGUGCUUGCUUUUUGUUAAGUUACAUUUUGUUUAAUUAAAGGUUGCUCAUAUACUAUAGUACUUAAGAUGUGUACAUGCAUUAUGUAUAAAAUGUGUAUUUCGCUUUGAUUCGUACAUGACUUAGCCUGCAUUGUAAGCUAGAAACAAGAGUUCUAUACUAAAUAAAGCUUUCUAGAUACUUUUA